ACGACAACACCGUUCCAGGAUGGCUUGGUGCUUGUACGUUGGGUAAUGUUUCGGAGAAGACGGACAGCACAACAGUUAACCGGCGGUGGCGCGACUGCGAGCAAUGAAUGAAAAUGAUAUUUGGAAAUGUGUUGCGAGCGCAGUAGAGUCGAGGGUACGGGAGGCGCAUUGGAUCAAUCGACGAAAGCGACGAAGGAUGCGCCGCACUUCGGAUCGCCGCCGCUUUUAAACAAACAACUCGUCCGAAUGGAGUUGUUUGUCUAAUUGGCCUCCAGAGCAUGGCCGGCUAAGCUAACUCGGCUAACCCCGCUAGCAGUUUAGCUCCCGUCAUAAGAUAACUUUUGUUCGCUCACUAUUUUGUUUUGUUUUUACCUCGCAUACCUAAGUGUGGACGGCGUUUUUAGAAAGCACGAUUCUAUGUGACGUUAACGGCGAUAUUAUUUAAAUAGUUAACGACAAGUAUAGCGUUAUAGAGUAACAGUUAUAACAACCGACACAAAGUAACGUUGACAAUGAAACAAGCUAGGCCCAGCUGACGUUAGCUUGGCUAAAAAUAUUAAUAAUAGUUUGAUCACUUUCUACUCUUUUACGAAUGUUUACCUAUAGACACUCUUCUACUGGGUAGUUAAAAGUGUCUAUAUUGAUCAUGUCUAACUUUAUGAGAAGUAUACUCUUGAGUUGCAAUGAAACCGAUUGAUGCCUGUACUGCUCUCGUAGAUGUAUCAAAUAAUUACAACGUUUUCUUUAAAUAUGCAAAUGUAUAAUUAAUUUUGGAGUAUGAGGUGUACGCAAUGUAUACAUUAUUCCAGUGUUUAUUUUUUAUGAUUUGGUUGCCUCCGUGGCACAGCUGAAAGAGUUGCCCUCGCAUUUCUGAGGUCCCGGGUUCAAUCCCGGACCCGCCUGUAUGGAGUUUGCAUGUUCUCCCCGUGCCUGCGUGGGUUUCCUCCGGGCACUCCGGUUUCCUCCCACAUCCCAAAAACAUGCAACAUUAAUUGGACACUAAAUUUCCCCGAGGUGUGAUUGUGAGUAUGGCUGUUUGUCUCAAUGUGCCCUGCGAUUGGCUGACAACCAGUUCAGGGUGUACCCUGCCGCCUGUCUGUUGACAGCUGGGAUAGGCUCCAGCACUCCCCGCGACCCUUGUGAGAAUAAGCGGCUAAGAAAAUGGAUGGAUGGUUGCCUCCUGACCAACAGUGUCUGCAGGGGUACUUCUUGCAGUCUCACAUCCCCACUCUCCCCUGAGAGAUGUCCACUCCUGACCCCCCCAUGGGAGGGACACCCCGACCCGGUCCUUCCCCUGGCCCAGGUCUAUCUCCAGGUGGUAUGAUGGGCCCAAGUCCAGGUCCUUCACCUGGCUCUGCCCAUAGUAUGAUGGGGCCCAGUCCAGGACCUCCUGGAUCUGGACACUCACACCCUCCACAGGGACCCUCAGGAUAUCCUCAGGAAAACAUGCACCAGAUGCACAAACCAAUGGAUGCCAUGCAUGAGAAGGGCAUGCCUGAUGACCCUCGCUACAAUCAAAUGAAAGUCAUGGGCAUGAGACCAGGUGGACACAGUGGGAUGGGGCCACCUCCUAGCCCCAUGGACCAGCAUUCACAAGGUUAUCCCUCUCCGUUGGGAGGCUCGGAGCAUGCACCAAGCCCAGUCCCAGCUAAUGGUCCUCCGUCUGGUUCCAUGAUGCCUGGUGGUCCAUCUGGUCCAGGGGGUGGUCCAAUGGAAGGUACCGGUGACCCGAAUCAGGGAAUAGGACAACCCAACCGUGGGGGUCCUCCUGGUCCAGGUGGACCAAGUGGCGGUGUAGGUGGACCUGGUGGGUCAGCAGGACCCACGCCUUUCAACCAGAACCAGUUGCAUCAGCUCAGGGCUCAGAUUAUGGCCUACAAAAUGCUCGCACGCAGUCAGCCCUUACCAGACCACUUGCAGAUGGCCGUGCAAGGAAAGAGGCCCAUGCCUGGGAUGCAGCAACAGCCCAUGCCCAACAUGCCCCCUUCUGCAGGACCUGUGGGUGGACCAGGGUCAGGACCAGCUCAGGCCAAUUACAAUAGACCUCAUGGCAUGGUUGGUCCAAACAUGCCACCCCCUGGACCGGCAGGAGUUCCCCUAGGCAUGCAAGGCCAGCCUGCCAAUGGACCUCCUAAAUCAUGGCCUGAAGGACCAAUGGUGAAUGCUGCAGCACCAUCCAAUCCUCCUCAGAAGCUGAUUCCUCCUCAGUCAACAGGCAGACCUUCUCCUGCUCCUCCCUCUGUGCCACCUGCUGCCUCACCAGUAAUGCCCCCUCAGACACAGUCUCCGGGUCAGCCUGCACAGCCACCUCCCAUGAUGCUUCACCAGAAACAGAAUCGUAUAACCCCUAUCCAAAAACCCAGAGGGCUGGACCCAGUGGAGAUCCUCCAGGAAAGGGAGUUCAGGCUACAAGCCCGUAUUGCUCACCGUAUUCAGGAACUGGAGAAUCUACCUGGCUCCCUUGCAGGUGACCUACGUACCAAAGCGACCAUAGAGCUCAAAGCCCUGAGGCUGCUUAACUUCCAGAGACAGCUACGCCAAGAGGUGGUGGUCUGCAUGCGUCGGGACACCGCUCUAGAAACUGCUCUUAAUGCCAAGGCCUACAAACGAAGCAAGCGUCAGUCUCUACGUGAGGCCCGUAUCACAGAGAAGCUUGAAAAACAACAGAAGAUUGAACAAGAACGCAAACGAAGACAGAAACACCAGGAAUACCUCAACAGCAUACUGCAGCACGCCAAGGACUUUAAGGAGUACCAUCGCUCCAUCACUGCCAAGAUUCAGAAGGCCACCAAAGCAAUCGCUACCUACCAUGCAAACACUGAGCGUGAGCAGAAGAAAGAAAAUGAGCGCAUUGAAAAAGAGAGAAUGCGGAGGCUGAUGGCCGAAGACGAGGAGGGCUAUCGUAAACUUAUUGACCAGAAAAAGGAUAAGCGUCUGGCCUACCUCUUACAGCAGACAGAUGAAUAUGUGGCCAACCUCACUGAGCUGGUGCGAGCCCACAAAGCUGCACAAGCUCUCAAAGAGAAGAAAAAGAAGAAGAAAAAGAAGAAGCCAGAGGCCGCCGAGGGUGGUACUGCUGCUCUUGGACCUGAUGGAGAGCCUUUGGAUGAGACCAGUCAAAUGAGUGACCUCCCAGUGAAGGUCAUCCAUGUGGACAGCGGAAAAAUCCUGACUGGGGUUGAUGCACCUAAGGCGGGUCAGCUGGAAACUUGGCUUGAAAUGAACCCAGGCUAUGAAGUGGCGCCACGUUCAGACAGUGAAGACAGUGGCUCAGAAGAGGAGGAGGAAGAUGAGGACGAGGAUGAGAAACCUCAUGCUUCAGCUCAGAACGAAGAGAAAAAGAAGAUCCCUGACCCAGACAGUGAAGACGUUUCUGAAGUGGAUGUCCGGCACAUCAUUGAGCAUGCCAAACAGGAUGUGGAUGAUGAGUAUGGAAGUGCAUCUUUCAACCGAGGCCUGCAGUCUUACUACGCCGUUGCUCAUGCAGUCACCGAGAAAGUGGACAGACAGUCUACACUGUUGGUCAAUGGCCAGCUCAAACAAUACCAGAUCAAAGGGCUAGAGUGGCUGGUAUCACUUUACAACAACAACUUAAACGGCAUCCUGGCUGAUGAGAUGGGUCUGGGGAAAACUAUCCAGACCAUUGCCCUGAUCACCUACCUCAUGGAAUACAAGCGCAUCAAUGGGCCCUUCCUCAUCAUUGUACCGCUCUCAACUCUUUCAAACUGGGUGUAUGAGUUUGAUAAGUGGGCACCAUCUGUUGUGAAGGUCUCCUACAAGGGCUCCCCAGCUGCCCGCCGUGCAUUUGUUCCCAUCUUGCGUAGUGGCAAGUUCAAUGUGCUACUCACCACAUAUGAGUACAUCAUUAAAGACAAGCAGGUGUUAGCAAAGCUUCGCUGGAAGUAUAUGAUUGUGGACGAGGGCCAUCGUAUGAAGAACCAUCACUGUAAGCUGACCCAGGUGUUGAACACUCACUACCUGGCCCCACGUCGGCUGCUGCUCACGGGCACUCCUCUGCAGAACAAGCUCCCCGAGCUCUGGGCCCUGCUCAACUUCCUCCUGCCCACCAUUUUCAAAAGUUGCAGCACAUUUGAACAAUGGUUCAAUGCCCCGUUCGCCAUGACUGGAGAGAAAGUUGACCUCAAUGAAGAAGAGACCAUUCUCAUUAUUCGGCGUCUACAUAAGGUGCUGCGGCCCUUCUUACUACGCCGGCUCAAAAAGGAGGUUGAGGCGCAACUUCCUGAGAAGGUGGAGUAUGUGAUCAAAUGUGACAUGUCAGCCCUUCAAAGAGUUUUGUAUAGACACAUGCAAGCAAAGGGCGUCUUGCUCACAGAUGGGUCUGAAAAAGAUAAGAAGGGUAAAGGUGGCACAAAGACACUGAUGAACACAAUCAUGCAGCUGAGAAAGAUUUGUAAUCACCCCUACAUGUUCCAACACAUUGAGGAGUCUUUCUCUGAGCAUCUGGGUUAUUCUGGCGGAAUCGUGACUGGUCCUGAUUUGUACCGCUCCUCUGGGAAAUUUGAGCUGCUGGAUCGUAUCCUGCCGAAGCUGAGGGCCACCAACCACAAAGUGCUCCUCUUCUGUCAGAUGACCUCACUCAUGACCAUCAUGGAAGACUACUUUGCUUAUCGCAACUUUAAAUACCUACGUCUAGAUGGAACUACAAAGGCGGAGGACCGCGGGAUGCUGUUGAAAACUUUCAAUGACCCAGCCUCUGAGUACUUUGUGUUUUUGCUCAGCACCCGAGCUGGAGGCUUGGGUCUCAACCUGCAGUCUGCUGACACCGUUGUGAUCUUUGACAGCGACUGGAAUCCCCAUCAGGAUCUGCAAGCUCAGGACAGGGCCCACCGUAUCGGUCAGCAGAAUGAGGUUCGAGUCCUUCGGCUCUGCACUGUCAACAGUGUGGAGGAAAAGAUUCUGGCAGCAGCCAAAUACAAGCUGAACGUGGACCAGAAGGUCAUCCAGGCGGGCAUGUUUGACCAGAAGUCAUCAGGCUGUGAGCGCCGGGCCUUCUUACAGGCCAUUCUGGAGCACGAGGAACAGGAUGAGGUCGGGGCUCGUGGAGGCUGCCGCACUGGGGGGGCGUGGGAGGAAGACGAAGUGCCUGAUGAUGAGACAGUCAAUCAGAUGAUUGCCAGAAGUGAAGAAGAGUUUGAACAAUUCAUGCGAAUGGAUCUCGACAGACGCCGCGAGGAUGCCCGCAACCCUAAGAGAAAACCUCGUCUGAUGGAGGAGGAUGACCUGCCCGGCUGGAUUUUGAAAGAUGACGCUGAGGUUGAGAGGCUUACAUGCGAAGAGGAGGAGGAGAAGAUGUUUGGCAGAGGAUCCCGCCAGCGUAAGGAGGUGGACUACAGUGACUCACUCACUGAGAAACAGUGGUUGAAGGCCAUUGAAGAGGGUAAUUUGGAAGACAUCGAGGAGGAAGUGCGGCACAAAAAGACAACCAGAAAACGCAAGCGAGACCGCGACCAUGAUUGUGGUCCCGCCACACCCAGCUCCAGCAGUGGGCGAGGACGCGAUAAGGACGAGGAGGUGAAGAAAGCAAAGAAGCGUGGUCGGCCACCUGCUGAGAAACUCUCUCCCAACCCUCCCUCCCUCACCAAGAAAAUGAAAAAGAUAGUCGAUGCUGUCAUCAAAUACAAGGACGGUAGUAAUGGACGACAACUGAGUGAGGUCUUCAUCCAGCUGCCUUCCCGCAAGGAGCUGCCAGAGUACUAUGAACUUAUCCGCAAACCAGUAGACUUCAGAAAGAUCAAGGAGAGGAUCCGCAGUCAUAAAUACCGCAGCCUGAAUGACCUUGAGAAGGAUGUGAUGCUGCUAUGUCAGAAUGCUCAGACUUUCAACCUCGAAGGAUCCCUGAUCUACGAAGACUCUAUUGUGCUCCAAUCUGUCUUCACCAGUGUGAGACAGAAGAUCGAGAAGGAGGAGGACAGUGAAGGAGAGGAGAGCGAAGAAGAUGAGGAAGAGCUUGACGAAGGUUCUGAGUCUGAAUCCCGUUCUGUGAAGGUAAAGAUUAAACUGAGCCGGAAAGAAAAGGGAGAGCGUGGCGGAAAAGGACAGCGAAGGAGGGGCCGAGGCGUCCGGCCUAAACCUGUAGUGAGCGAUGACGACAGUGAGGACGAACAGGAAGAGGAGCAUUCGGCCAGUGGCAGCGAAGAGGACUGAAUCUGAACCACUCCUAAAUGGACCAACAGCCCACUGUGCUACUUGACUGGAACUUCGCUAUUUUUCUUUAGCUACAGCAGGGAGACAUUCAGUGGGAACACGUAGUUUUACCUAGAUAUGUUUUUUAGUGAGACUGAUGCAAUCUCAUUAAAGUGUAUCAAGAUUGAAAAGCAAAAACGUAAAUAUGAAUUUAUGAUAUGAACUAUCCACUUCCAUAUUUAAACAUGUUUUCUUAUGAUACGUAGUGUCUGUCUGCCUUUUUUCCCUCCCUCUCCUCAAACGGACGGUAUUGACUCAAUGACUGAUUUUGGGCCAUAUAGAUAGUUUUUUUGUUUGUUUGUUUUUUUUUUUUUUUUGUUUUGUUUUUUUAGUUGCGUUAGUGACAGCUGGGAUAGGCUCCAGCACUCCCCGUGACCCUCGUGAGGAUAAGCGGCAAAGAAAAUGGGUGGAUGGAUGGUUGCCUCCUGACGAACAGUGUCUGCAGGUGACACUUUAGUUUACCAUUUGAGAUGUGUGUGUAUAGUUUUGUCACUCUUUUGAGAAGUGAACCAAGACGCACUGUUUCCUGAAAUCCCUUUUUUGAAUGCAUGUUGUACGUAUGUGGAAAUGCACCUGGAUGUGUCUUUAUUAUCUCUGUAAUUUAAGACUACAAGCGGGAUCAUGGUAGGGCCCACCUGCAGCCCCUCCCUCUCAGGUUGUGUAUGUAAACAGGGAGGGAGGGAUGGGGACCAUUUUCUCGGGUCUAUGUCACUGGAUUCCAAAAACUACAAUA